AAUUGAUUUCGCAGGAACUUUUCGUACGGUAGCAGAGGGAAAAGAUCUGCAACGUAAUGGAGGAGAACGACCUCUGUUACCCCUUUUUUGGCGGUGCAGUGUAAUUUCUUUUUGGUUAACCCUCUUCAUCAGUCCUAACUAUGGGUGGUUGUAUGGGAACAUCUCGAGAUCCAAGCAUAAGAGUCAGCUCUGGUAGCGAUCAAUUUGGUAGUACGCCAGGAGUUACUUUGGGUCGCAAUCAACCACUGAAGAAAGAGAGACCGCCAUGGACUUCUGAAAUUCCUCUUACAGAAGGCCAACUCCGUAGUAAAAGAGAGGAGUUUUGGGAGACUGCGCCUGCUUUUGAAGGGCGGAAGGAGAUUUGGGAUGCGUUAAGAGCAGCUGCUGAAACGGACGAUCAUACUUGGGCGCAAGCAAUUGUAGAUGGAGCAAACAUUACUCUUCCCACAGGAUCAUUGCAAGAUGCAUAUGAUGAACUUGGUAACAGAUAUGUCCUCCCAGUUUAUUGUGUGAGUAAGCCAACAAAUUUAAUCAGAGAUGAAGAUGUUAGUGGUGAGGCUAGUGCAGAAGUUGAAGAUGAUGACUCGGUGCCCACAGGGGAAGAACUGUAUAUUAAACUUCGCUUGUCGACUGGCAAGGACCUUAAAAUGACUGUAUAUACUUCAGACACUGUCCUUAAAAUUAAGAGAAAGCUUCAAAAACUGGAAGGGAUUGAGCCAUCCAAGCAGAGAUGGUUUUAUGCAGGGCGAAUGUUGAUUGACAAGACCACAAUAGGAGAGGCGAAAAUUCCCAAAGGUCAUGUUGUGCAAGUAAUUUUGCCGCAACCUACACCUGUUGAAAACUAAAAGGUUGUAACUCAAGGCAGGCAUUUUUCGCUGCUACAAACUUUUUUUUAUGUCCUAUGAAGUGUCAAACACCCAUACAGAAGAAUUCUCAACCAGGAGCCUGUUUCAGGCACUUGGUUUAGUGAAAAACAGCCUAAAGGAAAUUAAGUGAGAACAGGGUAUGCCUGCCAAUUGCCUGGAACAACUGAGAAGUUAAUCACAAUGUUAUUACAAGAAUGUUAUACUUGCCCUCAAGCAUCAUCUUCUCCCAAAGGACAUACCCAGCUUUUACGAACAAUGCACACUUGUAUGUAAAUCAGGCCAUCCCUUUAAAAUGUUUUGUUUUUCGUCACCAUCAUCCCUUUCUUGAAAGUGAGUCAAUUGUUGGGCAAAGAAAGGUAACAAAACAAUUAAUGAAGGUAACUUGAGUUCAAGUUCCCUUUCACUCCCAAAAUCCCAUUUUUAUCUAGUACUUCUCUUAAUUGUCUUAAGUACAGUUCUAAAGAUGCAAAUUUUGAGAAUUUGGUAUUGGAUCAACUAAUAAUUAGCUAAGUAAGACUUAUUCUUUAUUCUCAUCACUUGUCUGCCUGAUAUUGUACAGAUAUUGUAAGGAGAAAUUCUGUCUUAAUCACUAAUUGGAGUUAAAGGGUUAAUACUUUUGAUAUUAAAUACAAGCUAGGACAUUAGAAAAAACAAAUUGUGUUUAAAUUUAAGUCUUAAUCUUUAAUAUGUGUUAAAUUAAAAUUAGCAAGAAAAA